AUGAAAACACCAAAGAAAACAACUAAUAUAGGGUUUUUUAGCACAUUCUCAGUUUUGCUGAUUUCACUAUGUGGAAUACUCUAUCUAUUUUCAUCCAUUGAUUUGUUACACAGCAAUGGUGCAUCGAAUUUCAGUGGUCUGCACGAGGACUGUGUCGAUCCACCGCUGUGUCACUCCCCGCGGCUAAGCCUGAUAGGGCGUAUGCUGUGUCUUCUAAGGGCAUCUCCUUUUGAUCACCAAGGGAAGGCCUAUCGUGAGUAUGUCCGAGGUCGACUCCAGCGAUUAGGCCCACGUUUUGUAAAAGGGCAGUACUCCCUCGAGCCCAUCCUCCGCUCGGUGGCGUACAAGCUGGCAUACAUGCACGAACCCCUUGUGCUUCAUUUGGCGGGGGACAACGGUGUGGGCAAAACGCGCACCGCAGAGGUAAUUUCCUUGGCCGUGGCUCAACGCUGUGGAAACGAGGAUUGCUCGCUUGGUGAAUCUACGCUGGUUCUAUCUGGCACUAGCUAUGAUGGGAUGACCUUGUCUGAGUUUCGACGAUCUAUUGUGCCGACUAUUUGUCAACACGCCGCACGCUACCCCCAUAACGGGGUUUUGAUUAUUAAUGACCUUUCAGCACUGGAGCCACAAAAGGUGAGGCUUCUUCUACCUGUGCUUGGGCGGGGAGAACGGUUUCCGGAGUUUCCACGGAUCGACCUCGCACGCCUUAUAGUGAUUGUGACAACUGACUUCGGGAAGGAGGGUCGCACACAAGGCAAGAGCCUUGACGAAAUGCGUUACUUCAUUAAUACUGAAUUUCAGGAUCUUUACACGCAUCGCUCAACCUCCAUCAUACAAACUUUUCCGUACCUUCCUAUUUCACUCGAGACUGCUCUUGAAAUUGUGAAUAUGACUAUUCAAGACCUCAGUUGCCGUUAUCAAAAUUCAUUGUCUAUUCUAGACGAAGCUGCUCUAUGGAUAGUAGAGAAAGCUAAACAAUUGCUCCCAGUUGAGAAUGGUAGAGCAGUAGUGCAAGAGGUGAUGCGGAGUGUUGGGCCGUUACUAGAGGAAAGGAAUGGAACGUUCUCCAAUAGCAGUGUUCUAGGCAUGGGUCUAAAUGGGGAGUUAGUAUUUUCACCAUGA